AUGCGAUUUAUUCUAGCGAAAACAACGGAGUUCACUUGUGUUUUCCAGGUUUACGACCAUGUAACUCGCUGGCAAAUGCGUGCGUCCAUUUUAUGGGCUCGUGAUUUAUUACCAACGAACCGUCGAGGUUCACGAGCAUUUGUUCGCGUGGUCUUCAUAAACCGAUGCCAGGAGACGGCAAUUGUAGAAAAUACAGUCAAUCCAAUUUGGAAUGAAACUCUCAUUUACAAACGAAUGAUUUUGUGUGGCGGAAUGGCGUCGGUGCGUAAAAACCCACCGGCAGUGGUAGUGGAAGUAUGUUCGGAAGAUUUCGCUUCAUCGGAAACAUUCCUUGGGCGUUUCAUGACAACGCCUUCAGUCAUUUCACUGGCAACUGAUCGUCGUGGAACUCCAACCUGGUUUCCAUUAUCGUUUCGCAAAGACAAACAGAAAGGUGCGCUAUUGGCACUUUUUGAAUUAUUCUUGUAUGAGGGCGAAGCAGUGCACAUUGCUCCACUGAAACCGCCUCGGAAGCUCCAGACAAAUCGGUAUUCAGUUGCACGUGACGUGUGCCCAGUUUUCAAACACUACACAGUACAGAUUUUGUGCUGGGGAGUUCGAGAUUUACCACGAUACCAGGUGUGUGCUUUUAAUCCACAGCAUUCGAAAUAA